CAGCCGCCUCACCGCGGUUCCCGUUUUGGCAGGGAUAUAAAGGCGGUGCGGAAGGACAGACUGGCAGUGGCACCGUGGGGCAGCCAGGAUGCGAGCGCAGAGCCUGGUAGUGGCAUGUGGGGCACUGGCCCUGUGCCUGGCACUCACCGGCGCCACCAACCCCGGCUUCGUGGUCAGGAUCACCCAGGCAGGCCUGGACUAUGCCCACCAGCAUGCGAUCGCCAUCCUGGAGAAGGAGCUGGCCCGGCUGAAGCUGCCGGACAUCUCGGGUGAUUUUCGUUUCCUGGGGAAGGUGUACUAUCAGAUCUCCAAUUUGGACCUUCGCACUUUCCACUUGCCACACUCGCAAAUUUCCCUGGUCCCCAACGUGGGCCUGCAGGUCUCCAUCUCCAAUGCCUUCGCCGAGCUGAACGGGAACUGGCGGGUGAAGUACGGAUUAAUCCGGUCCAGUGGUUCAUUUAACCUGAAGGUGGAGAACGUCUAUAUCAGAAUCAACCUGAGGCUGGGCAGUGACAGCUCUGGGAAACCCACCGUUGACACGUCCAGCUGCAGCACCCGCAUCUCCAAAGUCCGCGUACGCUUCUUGGGCAAGCUGUCGUUGGUUUACAACCUCUUCAAAAAGGCUGUUGAGUCCAGACUGCGUAAGGCCCUGGAGGGGAAGGUCUGUGACAACGUGGCCAAGGCCGUGCGGAAUGAGCUCCAGCCUUAUGCCCGGACCCUGCCAGUCACAGCCAGGAUAGAUUCCAUGACUGGCAUCGAUUACGCCUUGGUGGCAUCCCCAACUGCUACCGCCCGCUCCCUGGACACGGGCCUGAAGGGCGAGUUCUUCUCCCUGGCCCACCGCGCCACUGUCCCUUUCCCUCCACUGCCGCUGGGCCUCCCCCCGGAUCACGAACGCAUGGUUUACUUUGGAGCCUCCAGCUACUUCUUCAACACUGCCAGCUUUGCCUACCACAGUGCCGGGGCACUGGUCUUUGAGAUCUCGGACUCCAUGAUCCCAGGAGGUGCUGACUUCCGCCUGAACACCUCCACCUUCUCAGCCUUCAUUCCUCAGCUGGAGACGAUGUACCCAAAGCUGCCGAUGAAGUUCAGGCUCUCCACCCGCUCCGCUCCGUUCCUGAGCAUUGGACCUGGGGGGUUCUCGCUGCAGCCUGUGGUGGAUGUGCAGGCAUACGCCGUCCUCCCCGAUGCCACCCUGGCUCCCCUCUUCCUCCUCAGCCUGACAACCAACGUCUCUGCCGUUGUGGAUGUGACAUCUGGGCACAUUGUUGGGAGCCUGACUGUGGGCAGGAUUAAACUCUCUCUGAAGCAGUCAGAUGUCGGUGCUUUCCAGGUGCGAACGCUGCAGUCUAUCAUGAAUAUCGUGGCUUCCAAAAUCCUGCUCCCACGUGUCAAUGCCAGGUUAGGGGAGGGCUUCCCGCUGCCGCUGCCCGACAGGAUCCAGCUCUCCAACAUCCUGGUGCGGUUUCACCAGAAUUUCCUGCUGCUGGGAGCAGAUGUGCAGUUUCAGCCCCAGAUCGGGAGAUAAGGUGACAAGAGAGACCUCGAGCACCAAAACUGCCCCGUCACCCCUUCCCUUCCCUCGGCCCCACCACUGGAGCUGAAGUGCCUGGUUCUGCCGCAAUGUCCCUCGCUGCCCGGAUGGCAGCCGGGGACAGCAGCACCGGCCCCCCUGGAGCUGAACUCCCCCAGCCCGGGUUCACCCAGCACUGCUGGGGGGGCCCCGGACCCCAAGCCCCCCAGUCCCCUCCUCUCCCGCCUCUGCCGUGUCGGAGGCAGCUGAUGGCAAUAAAGGCGGCCGGUGGGGGCUGUGGUUGUGUGUGACCAUCA